AUGGAUAAAGUAUACCACUUCAAAGGAAAAACAACUCAAGGUCACCUAAAACAUAUGACUGACAACUAAGCUGGAUUCUACUCUGAAGAAGAAGCUGAAGACACUCCUCCUUCAAUGAAGCCAACUGAAACUAAAAAGAGUUCAUUUUAAUCUAAUUUCGCACUCACUAACAGCGCCAAUCUUUCAGAUGAUUAGAGAACUAAAUAAAGAGGAGCUAAUGAAUAAGAAAACAACGACUUUGAGGAGUUCUCCAUCAGAAGUCCCUCUCAGACUGUUGGGUACACUAAACCUACUCAUUAGCACUCAAACAGCUACUCAAGUAACUUGAAGGUUGGUCCAAAUAGUCUAACAGCUGAUAUUAAGAGUAGAUUCCUCACCAACCACUCUGUAUCUACAGUUGAUUCCGAUGCGGAGGCCAGAAGAAUUGCCAAGAAAAACGAAAUAAUAGAUGCUCUCCAAUCUCAUCCAUUCCGUCAUCUCAUAUUCUCAAACAGUGUUACAGAAGCAACUUUCAAAAAGCACUUGACAUUGACUUAUAGGGGUUUAGUAUACGCAAGAAAAUGCUUAAAAGGACCUUCUGACAAAUUCAUUAAGAGCAAACAAGUAGCAGUUCCAGAUCCAAAAUACCCUAAGGGAAAAACCCUUUUAUUAGACUUGGAUGAAACCUUGAUUCAUAGUUGCAGCUUAAAAGAAAAUCCUGAUCAUAUUAUCAAGGCUAAGGCAGACAAUGAUGAUAAAGUCGGCUAUCAAAUCGGACUCAGAGUUAGACCUUACUGCUUAGAAUUUUUAUAAAAACUUGCUUAAUAUUGGGAUAUAUACAUUUUUACUGCUUCAUCUCCAACUUAUGCCAGUGCCAUUGUUAAAUUCCUUGAUCCUGAAGGUAAAUACAUCAACGGAAUUCUUAAUAGAUCAAAUUGUAUGGAGACCAAGAAUGGAUUCUUCAUUAAAGAUCUUAGAAUUGUAAAAGGUAAAGACUUAAAGAAAACAGUCCUUGUUGAUAAUUUGGCUCACUCGUUUGGUUUCUAAAUUGAAAACGGUAUUCCAAUUUUGGAAUGGCACUAAGAUAAAAAUGAUUAAGAACUUAAACAUUUAAUUGGAUACUUGAUUGAUGCUUCCUAGGCUGAAGAUGUCAGAGUAUUUAAUAGAGAAAGACUUAGAUUAAUAGAGUUAUCUGACUCCAGAGUUGAAGAUAUCUGA